GAUGAUUAUAUUUGAAUGCAGGAAAGUAAAUACAAAAGGUGAUCAUUAUGUGUGCACAUUAGUUUGUCAUAGAGAUGGGCAUGAACAGGUUCAGGUAUGCCUCUGUCUAUUGGUCUUGUCAUAUCUCAUGUCAGAGACAGCGUAUUGUGAUGGAAUUUUAAUUAAAUUAUCCCAGUAUAUGAUGAAGCCUUUAUUAUAGUUAAUCCAGUUAAACAAGACUACAAAUAUCAGCAUCUAUAGCCCUUUAAACAGCAAAAUAAAAUCCACCAUAAGUUAUUGAGUCCUGUUGAUGUUUUAUACUCAGCCAGGACAACUUGACUCUACUGCAGUUUUGCAUAUUUUGACAAUUUAUGAGAACUACUGCAAAUAAUUGAUGAUUUAUUUACUUAUCAUAACAUUAUUGGCUAUUUUAUCUAAGUAUCUUGCUUAGAUAAGUGUGUGGUCUAUGUGGAAACAAAUAAUUGUUUUAAGGCACAGUAUAGUAUCAUUACUGUGCCUAAAAACAAUUAUGACUCUGUGGAUAAUGCAUAGUAUAAUCACUGGUAAUUUUGUUCUGUUGGUCAGAUGAAAAAGACGCACGAAGACAUCAGCCUGGAAUUUUGAUAAUAACCGCUGGUUGCAGACCUACUAUGAACAACUUUCAGUGGAGUAUCUAUUUUUUUAAAUUAUAAAUAUUAAUGACUUAAAUAGAGUCAAUUAUAAGACUAAUAAUUAAACUAAUUUAAAUUGUGUAUUGUUUUAAGUAAUGUUUCUCUGGCAAUUUUUUUAAUUUAUAUUGGUUGUUGUUUAUGAUGAUCACUAGAGGUCAAAGUUUACCCUUUUUAUUUACCACAGCAUGGUGCAAGCUACUACAGAAGGACAUACACAGCAAGUUUAUAUGCAUUACAUCAUGUUAGUUAUCAGAAGGUAUGAAAAUGCUGUUGUGUCAAGUCGCCCUCAGUGACAUGGACUAAUGCAGGAAGUUUAAAAUAAAAGGCUUUUCACCACAGAACGUGUUUACUGGGCAGCGGUGGUCCACCUCACCUGCAUUAAAGACCCCACUUACAUAACCAACAUUUGAAUACAUUUCUAAGAAAUGAAACAUUAACAGCAGAGCUGGUAUUUCAUGCAGCAAAUACCACACAUUUGACGAAAGUGACUAGAGUUUAGUCCAUCAUCUACUGAGUAAGUUGAUUGUGAGACGAGAUGCAGCAGGAUCUGGCUGGUUUCCACUAAGCCUAAACACUUUCCUGAUGGACAGACAUUGUGGCACUGUGGUAGACAUUGAGAAUAUUGCUAUUACACUGCACUUUUUUUUUUUUAAAUAGUGUGCAUAUAUGUGUUCUCUAUACUGCAGCCUGUGUUUGAUUUUAUUAUUGUAAAGUAAGCACAUCGUGAGCAAUGCACAAUCCAGAGUGAAAUUCCUCGUAUGUGUACACAUACCUGGCAAAUAAAGCUGAUUCUGCUAUGCAGUAAUUUUCCAUAGGUAAGUUUGGAUUCAGUAGUGUGGGAGCACAAUGAUGUAAAUAUAAAAUAUAUAACCUGUGUUUUUAGUAAAAGGUACAAAUCAAUCUAGUACUUAUAUAAAAUAAUGACAAAAUUGGUUAUUGUGUUUUACAUAUAAAUUUUUAUAUAACAUCUUAAAAAUAGGAAUUCUGUGUUAACCUCCUGUAUUGUUAUAAUGCAGACACCAUCAUGUUUCUGGGUAAUGUUUUAUUUAAGUAGCUAUUAAGGAGAAUAUUAACUGUAUAUAAAACAAAUGUAAAAUGUAUUACAUGAUUUUUUUAAUCUGAAAAAAGGCUGUGUCCACAUCUCACCUUCAGUAUGGUGACUGGGCAAUGAGAGGACAAUGUUUAGAGACAUUUUAGCAAGAAGUUAACCUUGAAACUAAAUAAGGGGGGGGACAUGCCUAUUACUGGUGUACUGAGAGUAUUUAUGCUAUGCAGAAAUAAGACACCAAUUUAUUCAGUUUAUUUGCAUUGUGUAUUUGUGUGUGUGUGACACACACUGUCUGGAACAAUUGUAAAAAAUGCAAAUAAAGACAAAAAAGAGGAACAAGUUUUUCACAAUCCUAGUUUCCUCAAGAACACUGCACGUUGCUCCUUCAGGCGUUUAUUUUGAAAACUGUGACCGGAAGGCAUGUUACUCAUGUUGCCAUUUUUGACACUUGCUAUAAUAGAUUCAUGUGCAGAAGCUCCAUUCAUUCACCAAAAACUAACAACUGCUCAGUUGCCUAUUCGUCAAAACUCUGAGUUCACGUUUAAGAGGACAACUGGGGACAUUCAGCCCGCGUCUCGUUUCUAAGAGGAAGUCGAGGGAAGCGUUCAACAUUAGAUCAUCCAUGAGACGUGGCUCAAUUUCUCAUGACAGAUAACUUCUCCAACCGAAAUGCCGCUUUCAGUUUAGUAAUGAGUCAUGCGUUUCUCUUUUUGUAUCGGUAAAAGGCGAAAGAACCGAUGCUAAAACGGUUCCGCUUUGAUGUUUCAACGGUUCUAUCAAAUAAAGAGGGGGAAAGUUGAGCGCGUUUCAAUGGGCUCCGCCACAGUAAUCCCGGAAUCAAAACACAGUGGGUGCAGACAGAGAAGCUGUUGGAGUAUGUGUUGGGGGGCGAAUUGUACCCGCUACCCAUGGUGGAAGUGGUGUUUUUUUCUUGUUUUUGUUUUUCCCCCCAAAACGGUCCAGCCUGGUAUGACACGGCGCAGUUGCUGGCUGCAAAACAGGUUGUCGCUCGUCAGGGUUUACAGCAGCACAAUCCCCCUUUCGAGUUACGUCAGGGAGGAAAAGGAAAACGCUUCUGCUUAACAGCACUCUACCAACUAUGUUUCACCCUGCCUGCUCAUUUUGUUUAACGUUAAGUUUGGUAGUCUAUCUACACUUACCCUGCCCGUCGUCAAGAUGGUGUUUCCUCCACACAGCCGGGACUUUAUUCACUGUUGUGUACAUUUCUGCGCGCUGGUCGUGAUUCCAUCCAUCUUGAAUUUGACGUCAUCCCACACCAGGGAUGAGGUCAUCGCAAAGAACGCUCGUCACGUGCACUGCGCUCUGAUAGGCUAGUAAAGGACCUGGGGGCGGGGCCAACGGAAGACUUGACAGGCUAAUUUAAAGGGAUAGCUCAUAUUUUUUAGUUUUAGAUGUCGUGUCGCUAACUGAAGUUACACUGUAUGUUGUAAUUAGCUUGGUAUUUGAGCCCGGUAAUUGUUUGUAAGUAUAGUUUAAACUAAGUUUAGUAAGUUUGUAGCUCUAUUUAGCUUUGUAAACUGGCCGGGUAUCUAUUUAUUUAUUUUAGUUUUAUGUUAAAAAAAAAAAGAACACAUUUUCACUGUGUGUAUACGAGUGUAUAUAUUUUAAAUAACCGCCUUUUGAUUUUAGCAAAUUAAAAAAAUCUAUUUUUUAGUUUUUAAUACCUAUUUUAUGCAUUCAACUACAGUAGAUUGUCCUUGGUAGGUUUAAACUGUGAGAAGCGGAGAUAAUAUGCAUGUGAGUGCACACCUCCUAACCCCAGUGAAACUAAUUAGAUCCGUGAUUGAAUGCAAGUCAAUAAAGCGUAGCAGUAGAUGUGUGUCAUUACUGGCAUCCAUUGGGGACUUGUUUCUAUGUUUAUUUGGCCUACAGGCAUCCCCCUGGAAGGCCUUGAAAGCCACACACCUGGCAACAGUGUCAUGACUCAGGUAUGGCACUGGUGGUGAAAAGUCAAUAUUUUCAUUCAUGAAAUAUGGCAUAAAACCACGUUUUAUUGAGCUGAUGAUUUUUAUUUGGUAGUGUAACUGUAUUUAAAUUGCAGUGACAUUAGUUGACUCAGCCAUUAGCCCUGCACCUCCCUGCAUUUACAUGCUCCAGCACCUCAGCAUGUAACCAGUCAUUAUCACUUAAUGACUGAAGGAAGUGUAAUGAUGCACAUUUUCACACCUCAUUAUGUAAAAGGAGCACCAUUACAUUAAUACUACAUUUACUAAGAAUGAAAAAAAUAUCCAUGAAAAUAUUUGAAAUAAUACAGAGGACCUGUAGAAGUUUCUUUCAUCUAACAUGAAUGUAUAGUCACAUUCGCAUAGUCGAAGUGAGGACAGAAUCUUGAUGGAGUCUUUUUUUAGAAUGCGUCUUUGACAGCCAAAGCAUCCCACUGGUCCUUCAUAUAAUGAGAGUGAAGACAUGUGGGAAAAUGGUAAGGACGUCCUCACUAGUGUUCUCACACUAAUGGCUGACACAGGCUGUUCAUGCCAGCAGCAUAGCAAGCACUGCCAUGGUUACCUGUGUGGAAACCAAGCCAUUUGAGACUUUGACUCCUCCCAUAAGACAUCUCUCUCCCUGCCAUCAAAAACAUGUUUACUGACACUGAGAAUGAGUAAAAUGAGAACUUAUCUAUUCUACAAAAAUGUAAAGAGAUCCUGGAAUUUCCCUUGUGAAAAUCAUGAACACCAACGGCUUUUCUCUUUGCAAUACACUGGCUCGCUAACAUGUCAUGCUGCCAUACAUCUUGGCAGUUCAAGGUGUCAAAUUGUCUGAAUAUUUUCAUAUUCUUGCAUAAAUUCAUGUAAUUUCAGUUCACCGACAAACACAUUCACAUAAAUCUAAUACUUACCUGCUGGCUGUCAUAAUUUUGUGGUCCAUUAGGGACUGAUGGUGCAACGAGGGGAGGAGAAAGACAGAGCCACAGAGGAUUUUAUCUCUGAGCACACCAUGAACAGUGAGUUAGCAUCAUCUCAAAGAGAAACAUGCGCGUACAAUGUUGUUGUUAAAUAUAUGGUUGAUCUGUGAAAAAUGAGUUGGAUGCUUUCCAUCUGGGUGGCCGCGGCCCUGCUGGCUCUCUGUGGGGGACAGAACACUGUGCAUGAAGGAAAUCACCUGUCUGGCUACCAUCUCUGUAUUCACAAUGAGACAAGGAUUGUGAGUUUCCUGGUGAUGCAUGAGGUCCCCUAUACUGUGACAAAGCCUUGUGGUGGCUGGCUCCUCUGGAAGACAUGUACAGUCACACUUUACAGGAUGACCCAUCAGACUGAGUACAAGACAGUGAUGGAGCAGGUGACCAGGUGCUGCGAGGGCUACGAACAAGUCGGUCAUUACUGUGCCCUGCCUGUAAACAGGAGUGGUGAGUUCACUGCCAAGCCAGGAUCCUGUCCAACCGCAGAUGGAUUGCAUCCCGGAUCUGUGGACUGUGAGUGGGACAUGGACUGCCCAGGAUGGCAAAAAUGCUGCCAGAGAUUGGGUCGCUCUCUCUGCAGUGAUCCUGCAAGUUUAGCAAAUUAUUCUGAGAAUGGAGGGUACCGUUUGAACGCAACAGUGACAGUGAAAGCUGAUUACCAGCAACUGAUGUCCAAGGAUAGAGGAUCUUUGGAUCACACACGACUGCUACAAGCAAUGGUGACUGGAGCUCUGCAGUCUGAAGUUUCAGUUUAUUACCUCAGCUCAUGGCCUGUUCAUCCCUACAGAACUGCCACCUCACUGCUGAUCGAGUACAACUUUACUCUUUCACUGGACAAUGUCACAUCAAAGCUGCAUCUUCUCCUCAAUGACAUACAGGAGGUGUCAUAUGUAACCGUGGAAGAUGUAGAUGAGUGUGCACAGUCUGCUCUCCGUCAGUGCUCCCCUCAGGCAGACUGCCAUAACACUGUGGGCUCCUACCAUUGUGCCUGUCACCAAGGAUAUAUUGAUGUUGACCCCAGCAACCCUGGAGCCCGCUGUACAGCUGACGCCAGGGUGUCGACUACCACAGAACCCCCGCUUACCUACCUUCCACCCAUGAACGCAACCUACAGCCCAGCUUCCACCACCACACAGGACCCUCCCGGCAACAGCACCAUAGGUAUCUCCAGCUCCACUGAGCCCAAUAUGACUGCGCUGAGUAAUACAAGCUAUGUCUCUUAUAAUUCAUCACAUGCUCUGCAGUGGACAAGCUCUGCACCUUAUACCAGCAUGAGCUCAACUGUGGAGUCACCUCUGCCAACAACUACAUGCUCUCCUCCCAGCAUCACCAGUUUAUGGUCAGCUAAUGUUACUGGAACCUCCUUCUGUGUCCACUGGUCCAGCCAGUUUCAAACAAACCAGACUUACCAGGUUGUUGUAAGCAAAGGGUCAGAGGUUAUUCAUUUUGGGGUAACCAGUCAGACCACAAUGAAGGUAAGGAGACUGCACCCCGGGGUUCUCUACGACGUCACUGUGACACCUCAUGCCUGCGGCGGACAAGGAGUUGCCCUUCGUGUAUCCGUCAAGACUGAUGCUCAAACCCUUCACGCCACAACACGACUUACCAAUAUCCAGUUCACUGAUGAUCUGCAGAACACCAGCAGCCAGGCCUACAAAAACCUCACAGAGAGUAUUAUAGAGGAGAUCUACCAGUCUCUGUCUCCAGAGAUGAGGGCCAUGGUGGAUUCAGGCCAGAUGAGAAUCGAGAUCAGAAGCUUUUCUCCAGGGAGUGUGGUGGUCAACUUCACCAUCACCUUCAUCCCCAGUGAAAGCCAAGACAACAGUAAUGUAACCACAGCUGUGCUGCACUCCCUGAUGAACAGCACCAAAUACACUGUGGAUGAAAACAACACACACAUAAACGACUGGAAUGAAUGUGCUUCAGGGGAAAAUGACUGUUCCCAGUGGGCUACAUGUACAAACACCAAUGCCUCCUACACAUGUGUUUGCCUUGACGGAUUUAUAGACAAGACCCCAGAAAGGCCUGGACGAGCCUGUGAAGCAAUCCCUACCUCAGAGACAAUGACACCACCACUCAUACCCACAACUUUUUCUAUAGUUAGAGCUACCCCUUUCUCUCAAAUAACUCCCCCUGCUCAAACUGCAACCAUUUCUAGCACUGCAACCACCGCAACUGCCCCAACAACAACUAUUCCUCCUACAGCUACCUUGACUACCCCAACGGACACCGCUACCUACACGGCAACCACCCCUAAUGCAACGACAUCACUGAGUUUUACCCCUACAACCCCAACGGACACCGCUGCCUACGCGGCAACCACCCCUAAUGCAACGACAUCCCUGAGUUUUACCCCCACUACCCGAACAGACACCGCUACCAACAUGACAGCCACCCCUGCCGCAACGACAUCCCUGAGUUUUACCCCCACUACCCAAACAGACACCGCUACCAACAUGACAGCCACCCCUGCCGCAACGACAUCCCUGAGUUUUACCCCCACUACCCGAACAGACACCGCUACCAACAUGACAGCCACCCCUGCCGCAACGACAUCCCUGAGUUUUACCCCUACAGAACCAACGGACACCACUAUCUACGCGACAGCCACCCCUGCUGCAACGACAUCCCUGACAUUUGCCCCUACAACCACUGUUACCAACCCCACUACAACAACCUCAGCUCCUACCAGAGCAUCUACGCAAGGAGCCAUCUCAGUCCAGUGCAGGGUUCCUGCCAUCACUGUGGCAGUUAGCAGGGAUUUUCUUCGGAGCGCCAAGAUCACGGAGAGUGCCCUACACUUGGGCUUGCCGGAAUGUGGCGUUAACGGAGGCAAUGACACCCAUGCCCAGCUGACAGUAGCCUGGAAUGAGUGUGAGACUAGACUUGUGCAUAAUGAAACCUACUACACGGCAUCUGUGACCCUGUUCAACACCAUGGAUCCGUACACCUCACCCAGUGGAACUGUGGAGGUACCCAGAGUACGGCUGCAGGUUCCCAUCAUGUGUACCUACAUGAAGAGCAUGCUCACCUUAGCUGACUACAGCUCCAUGGGGUAUGACGUGAUCAAAGAUGUCGUCAUGGGCUCGGGGUCGUUCAAGGUGACGGUGCAGCUGAUGAAGGAUGCAAUGCGUCUACCCCACAACUACAGCUUGUCCCCUGAGGAGGCUGUGGUGCUGGAGGUUAGCCUCAACACAUCAUCAGAGCAGAUUAAAGUAGUCAUCAACAAAUGCUGGGCCUCCUCUACUCCAAACCCUGCUGACAACUACAGCCACAUCUUCAUGGAGAACAGCUGUUCCCUGAACACGUACACCAAAGUGUUGAUGAACGGAAACUCCAGCACAUCUCGUGUGUCUGUUCAGAUAUUCUCCUUCGUCAACCUGAGCAUGAUCUAUCUGCACUGCCAGGUCCACGUGUGUGUAGUGAUAGAAUCGACCACUUGUGUGCCUAACUGUCUACAAAGAACAGCUCAGUCUUCAAACAGGAUUGGAACAGCUUUCGGUUCUUUCGGCCCUCUGCUGAGGUCAGGUAAAGAGCCCUUGGAGCAGGAAUACGACACUCUUCACAUAGUUGGAAUCGCCUGUCUUGGAGUCGGCGUGACGCUCCUCUUCAUCAUUGGCUUCGCCUGCCUUUUCUUCUACCAAAGGAACCGCAUUGGACACUACAACUUUAGCAUGAAGCCCAAGCAGGAGAACUUCACAUACCUUGUCUUUAACACCUAGGACUACAGGAGCACCCACAGCCAUCGUCAUAGGAAGAGAUUCCGGCAGCAGCAGCAGCAUGCAUUUGGUAGGCUAUUACAGUACGGCUGCCACCAAGUGGCACUGUUGCACCACUCAUAUAUUAGUUCUCACCAAACAUUGCACAUAUUUGCACAUUAUACAAACAGUGAAGUACAGAUUAUAUUAAAAAUGAUAACUUGAUAGAGUAGUUGCAUACUGGAAUGUGAAAUAUACAGACUAUAACUAUUUAAUGAAUAUUUAACAUUAGAACAAUACCCAUUGAGUAUGGAGAAUGUUUCAGUACAUGGUUCACUUCCAACAUUUAUUAUAAUGUAACCAUACCAGCUUGAACUGCAUGUAGUUGUGUAAAUUAUAAUUUGUAAUGUAGUGAAAUAUGCUUAAUAUACACCAUCUGCAAUACCAGUCAAGCACAGCUAGCACUUUAUUUGGUUUUAGCUGCUAUUAUCUUGUUGUAUUUGCACUGAAAUAUUCAUUCUGUUCUCACUUGUGGUGUGACAAUAAACAUGUCCUGUAUGAAUUCAGACA